AUGGCCCAAACCAAGGACAUAACUCUCCUACACUUCAACGAUGUGUACCACAUCUCUGACGCUGAACACGUUGCACGCUUUGCAUCCGUCCUGGCUGAUCCACGAUACAUCACCGACGAUGUCUCUGCCCCUGAACAGCAGCUCCGACUAUUCAGCGGUGACGCUUUCUCCCCGUCUCUAGAGGCGUCCGUCCUUCGUGGCGAGCAUAUACCCACGAUUCUCAAUGCCAUGAACAUCGACCUUGCUUGCUAUGGAAACCAUGACUUCGACUUUGGUGAAGCCCGCCUCAUUGAGCUCUCAAGAAUCACUAAAUUCCCCUGGAUGCUUACCAACGUGCUUCGGAGAGGCCAGCCUUCAAUCCAUAGAAGAGAUGACAAGUUGUUAGCCUUAGCGAAUGAAUAUGUCGUUCGGGAGAUUGAUGGGUUAAGAAUUGGAUUCUUUGGCCUAGCGGGAACUGACUGGCCAUCAAACUGCCAACACUUACCCAGUUGCAAUAUAUGUGACCCUACCAGUGUGGCCCAAACCACUGCAAGAUAUCUGCGGGAGUCUGUAAAAUGUGACCUUGUCAUAGCACUGACCCAUAUGCGCCUGGCGGAGGACGUGAUAGUCUCGCAAAAUACCAAAGAUGGAAGUGGAAGAGUUGAUCUGAUACUUGGUGGCCAUGACCACGACAUCGUUCAAAGAGCUUCCACAGACUUCAAUAAUGACCCACGAAUCCCCGGCACCACUUCUGGCAGUGCUACCGGCGUAUCUAGCACCGAAGACGAUAUACGCAUCAUCAAGAGCGGAACUGACUGGAAUGGAUUGUCGGUGCUGCGUCUCACGAUUGCUAAAUCCGCUGACGGCAAGUCAUCUAUAUCGAAGUCAAAACUAUACCAGUUUGCAGAUCUAAAGUCCCUUCCGAACUAUGCGGAUAUACCACCCUGCCCCAAUACCAUGAAGGCUAUAGCAGAUGUACAAGCCAAAAUAGCCAAGCUGGUAGAAAAGCCACUGGUAAUGGCUGCUGUCCCUCUUGAAGGAAGAUCCCGAAUUGUCCGCGGCCGAGAAUCGAACCUGGGGAAUAUGCUCGCAGACGUGGUUCGUUCCUUUUACAACACGGAAAUUGCCUUUGUCAACAGCGGAGCUAUCCGGUGUGACAGAAUCAUCGACCCAGGGCGAGACGAACCUUUACGAAUUAGGGAUAUUAUUGACAUCAGUCCUUUUGAUAACGCUUUUGUUGUUAAACGUGUCAGUGGUCAUAUCCUGGCACUUGCCUUAGAGAACUCGGUCUCUGAUGCCCAUACUGACGGACGCUUCUUGCAUCUAUCAGGGCUUACCAUGUUGGUAGACUGGAGUCGUCCGGAGGGACAGCGGGUAGGGGAUAUCAUGUAUGUGCCGAAACAUGGGAAACCACGGCAUGUAAAGCCCAGGGAUAUGUAUACUGUGGCCAUGGUGGAUUUUAUUGCAUCAGGGUUUGAUGGAUAUUCCUGGUUCCGGAGUUGCGAGACUCUUCUUGAUGCUGAAGGCUCGAUGACAGACACGAAUCUCUUGCUACAAGUAUUUGAAGCCGAUGGUCGUGGAGAUGCCGGUGGCCAGCUAUUAGAUGAGGCCGCGGAGGGUAUCAAGAGAGCCCAGAGGGCUGUUAUUCGAGGGAGACAUCCGGAUGAAGGCCUACCUGUCAUUUCUCCAUCUAUAGAGGGGCGGAUACGAGUCAUCACGCCCAAUUUAUAG